CUUGUCUGCUCGCCCGCUUAUAAUACCUUUCAUUGUUAGUCGCGGAGGGUUGGAAAUACCUGUUGUUCCUCUGUUUACAUCUAACCUAUAAACCCAAACACUUAGGAGGGCCACAGGUGUUUUAUAUCCACAAGUAUUCUUAACCGUGUUUAACUUAAAUACUUUUUUCACUUCGAAUUUCAGAAGCGCCAAACGUAAGGACAAUGAGCGUAGAAUCAGCGACGCGACGCAUUGAUGAAUUGGCUCAGUGCAAGAAGACGCCACCUGGUUUUAUCGAGGACAGACGGUCUGUGUAUUGGGUGGAUAAGAAGCCGCCACAACCACCCACUGUAUUCGCUGUAAGUGAGCGAUUGGAAGAGUUAGUUAAGAGCAAGUCGGGCCACAGAGACUUUGUACCGGACCGCCCAUCUCCAAUCUGGAAAGUUCCAACCGCUGCUUUACAUUUCCCGGAAAGAAGAAGGUUGAAACAACUUGCUCAACCUAAGCCGUUUCACCAACAGUGGAUACCAAUGCGCUCAGCUUACACGGUCGUAAGCGAAUCCGCUAAACAAGGAGCGCCGACAAAAAGACUUAUUGAACUUGCUCGACCGAAAACAUACGAUCCUCUACUUGUUAAAUCGAACAGUUCGUGGGACUGGGGAGAGUGGAAAAGUGACAUUCCCAAGGAAUCGUUGAAUCACGUCGCGUCUGGAAGAUUGGAACAACUUGCCGAAGCGAAACCAACACCGAAAUCUUACGAGGAAAAUCGGGGAGUGAUGUGGCCUGUAUCUCUUGCGGCGAAGACAGCCGAGGCCAGCACACGGCAACAGCAACUAGCGAAACCGAAAACGAGGACAGCGCUUGACCAAGACUAUGACCCUUACAAGGUUUCCUUCGCCGCAAGAAACGCCGUUGCCUCGCCGAGAAUUGAAGAAAUUGCCACCGCUAUUCCACGCAAAGUGCGGGCGAAAAAGUAGACGCAAAAUAAAGAACUGACAAUUAGUUUAAGUGCAUAACUGAAAAAGUGUUUAUGGUUCUAUUAAUUUUGAUAAACGCUUGCCUGUAGAGUUAUAUUUGCCACGCCGUUCUAAUACUGCUAUAUAAUGUUGCCUAUGAGAUGGAUUAUAGAUUAUAUUGCCAUAAGUGACUUGCUUAAACUGCGUUUUCGUUUCUAAAUUGCCAAAGUUUUGUCGAAACUCGCCAAUAAAUAUAUAUAGGUUUAUUCA